ACAUGUGACCCUCCACACAGGAAGAGGAGUCAAGAAAUGAGUCAGAGAUUCCUCCACACGAAAAAUCCGAUUCACAUCCAAGCAGCAGCAGCAACAUGCCGGGCUGUGGGGUUCUCGGUCUCUGUCAGUAUGAAACCAAGAAGCUGGUCCGGAUUCAGAGCGUCCGGCUCGGCUCCCUGAAGUGGACUCUGAACGGAUGCAUUCUGCUGUUUAUCUGUAUUAUGAUGCUGUGGAACAGGAAGUACCAGGAGUUCGACCUGGUGGUGAGUUCUGUCACUACCAAGGUAAAGGGUGUAGCUCAGAUCCACCUGCCAAACAUCGGGGACAUGGUCUGGGAUGGCGUGGACUACAGCGGGCCCUCACAGGACAAAAACUCCUUCUUUGUGGUGACCAACAUCAUAGUGACAGAGAAUCAGAGGCAGGGAAAAUGCGCAGAGGUUCCCCUCAAAGGCAGAUUGUGUCGGACAGAUAAGGACUGUGAGAAAGGAGGCUGGGAUCAUUUGAGUCACGGGAUUCAGACAGGAUCGUGUGUGAAGUUUGAUGUGUUGCAGAAAACCUGUGAGGUGUCAGCGUGGUGUCCAGUUGAAAACAAGACGAGCCCUCCGAGGCCUGCUAUGCUAGCAGCAGCUGAGAACUUCACAGUCCUCAUCAAAAACAACAUCAGGUUCCCUGCGUUCAAUUAUAUCCGAAGGAACAUUCUGCCACAGAUGAACGACGCCUACCUGAGGAGCUGUCAUAGAGGAAACGACUCGCUGUGUCCCAUUUUCAAACUGGGAGACAUCAUUCGAGAGGCUGGAGAAAAGUUCUCUGUAAUUGCAGUAGAGGGAGGAGUCAUCGGCAUCCUGAUCAAAUGGGACUGCAACCUGGACCGGCUCAUGCAUCGCUGCCUGCCCAAAUACUCCUUCAGACGGCUGGAUGAGAAAGAGAGCAACAAGACGCUCUACCCCGGUCUUAACUUCAGGUAUGCAAAGUACAACACAGUAAAUGGAGUGGAGGUUCGAACGCUGUACAAAGCAUUCGGGAUCAGGUUUGAUGUCAUGGUGUUCGGACAGGCGGGAAGGUUCAGCUUCAUCCAGCUCAUCAUCUACAUCGGAUCAACGCUGUCAUACUACGCUCUGACAACCAUGUUUAUCGACUGGCUGAUUGGAACCAGCUGUUACUCGGCAGAGGUCGGACAAGACUACUCGGAGAGGAAAGUGGAGUCAGUCCAAGACAAACAGAAGUGCAUCCUCUGUGUGUCCUACGUUGAUGAGGACAACAUUCGACUGGUGAAGAGAUCACAGAAGAAAAGUUUACAAGACCUCAAACCAACGUCUGUUAAGCCACGCAAGGUGGACACAGGACACCUGAGAGCCGUUCUCUCUCUGCUACAACCGGGUGAAGGCCUGGAUCAUGACUCUCAGCCUCCCCUUCAUCAUAAACCCGGUCCGAACAACAACGACCCACAUCGUCCAGCCUGGUGUAAGUGCGACUGCUGCAUUCCCUCCUCUCUCCCUCAGGAGGAGCUGUGCUGCCGGCAGAGCAGCGGUGCCUGCAUCACCUCGUCUCCUCUGUUUGAGCAGCUUGUGUUACGUCGCUCCUUGCUAGAGGCCGUCCUUCUGUAUCAGGACCCUCUGUCUCCACCCGCUGAUAAAGGCCAGACUGCUGCCCUGCGUCACUGCGCCUACAGACAGUACAUCAGCUGGAGGUUUGGGGUCCCACCUAAGGACACCCACCCUGCUAUCCCCAGCUGCUGCGUGUGGAGAAUCAGGGAGGCAUACCCGAGCCCGCACAGAGAGUACAGCGGCUUCAGACCAGGCCUCCAUAUCCACCUGGCGUCCAUGCAAGCCUGUGCUAAUGGAGAGCUGUGAGGAGCAUUUUCAUUACAGAGCAAGGAUUUCCCCACUAUCUGACCUACUAAUAGCGUUCUUAUGUUAGAUUUGCCUUACAAAGCCAAAAAUGCAAUUUACUUUACUCAACUGUGCAGCAAAUAAAAAUAAAUCAGUUUUUGUCAGCUUGCAUUCGGUCCGAAGGGGAAAAACCUCCCUGGCCAAUAAAUAACUGCAUUUUCUAAGAUUAUCUGUGAAGUCAUUUGGCUGCUUAGUAAAAAUUUCUAUGAAGCAAUUUUUCUUAGUUUCACUCCCUUUAAGCAGCUUUUUAAACUUUUUAUAGGGCAGAAAAAUAUCAUUUUUAACUUCACUCAACAUGCUCAGAAAAAAGAAUGUGUUUACAUUCGUAAUCUCAUAUGGAAAGAUUAAGAGGUUGGUUCCUACAUAGGGUGACCAGAUGAGAAUGGGUAAAAUUUGGGACGGGGGGGGCGGCUACCAGUACAUUGAGUGUGAACAAUGAACAUUAACGCACGUGAAAAUCUGUAUACUAUACAAACAAGGUACACUGUAUUGAUCAGUGAACUUGGUGUUGGUGGGUGUUCUUUUUUACUUUGGACAGGGCCAGUCUAGCUGUUUACCCCUGCUUCCAGUCUAUGCUGAGCUAUGCUAACUACAUCUGGGCCACUUCCAGUCCUGACAAAACAUAGCAAAACGAGAUGCCAGCAGUCUGAUCCUUUCUGCACAUGGGCAAAAGUGGUGAAUCAAAGGAAGUUACUGCAAAUGUGCCUGUUCAAAAUACUCAAACCACAUCUCUCAAAUCAAGUUUACAAAAUGGGUUUUAAUCAUUGUAAAUCUAAUAGUUCACUGUUAUGUCAUAGGGGAAACCUUGUUGGACAGUAGUAGUAAUUUGCAAUUUCUAACUGACUGUGGGAGGUAUGGGGAAUUGCUUAAAAUAUGAAAUUAGGAAAUUUACAAUUAAAUUUAGCAAGGAGUUAGCCAAGAUCAAAAAUAGAGAAUUUAAUAAACGGACACAGCUGAGAGUUGUUAAAAAUCAGGGGGGUGGACAGACAUCCGUUUCCAGUCUUAAUGCUAAGCUGACCGGCUGCUGGCUGUAGCUUCAUAUUUACUGUACAGGCAUAAGAGUGGCAUUGAUCUUCUGAUUUCAGAAUUAAUGAAUUUCCCAAAAUGUUGAUCUUUUCCUUUUGAUGCUCAGACGCGAGAUUGAUACCAAUCUUUUGAUUUCACUCUUGACAAUAAAAGAAAAUAAACCUACCUACCGAAA